CGGCAUGUGCGUUGUUGAACACUGUUACUGUAAUUUGCAACCAAGUUGGUACAUUUGAAUCUGUCUGUUGGUUUGUUUUUUCUUCAAGAUGCACGAGAGACUUCUUCCAGCCUCUCCGAACUGGUACUGUUCAAGAUGCAGUGACACGAACACUAAAGGAAUACUUGGUUUUGGAGCAAGGAACUCAAUAUACCUAGUUCAGGUGACAGCAGCAUCCCCAGCAAUAUUGGGCGAACUGUCUGGUCACAAGGAGAGAGUGUCGGGGUUCGUUUUCAGUCCACAUGAGGGAGAAGAGAAUAUCUGUGCCAGCACAUCUGAUGACAAGACUGUCAAAAUAUGGGACACCGAAAAACGGGUCGUGAUAUCGGAGCACAGUGCCCAUGAAAACACAAUCACGGCCCUGGACUGGUCCCCGAAAGAGAGGACGUUGGUGGUGACGGGUGACGAGAAAGGAGUGGUGAUGUGCUUCUGGCACAACAACAAUGACGUCCACAGCUUCAUGCCACAGCCCCGGGCUAUCUUCUGCCUGUCAUGCUCUCCACACCACGAGAGCCACGUCGCCAUCGGAUACAAAGACGGCCUGGUGGCUGUCAUUGACAUCAGCAAGAAAGGUGCCAUGAUCCACCGGCUACGGGGCCACGAGGACGAGAUCCAUGCCCUGGCAUGGUGCCCUCAGCCUGGGGAGGACCGCUUGUACAGUCGGCCUGAGGAGGGAGGAGAGGUGGCAGAUGCAGGAGAGGCGGGAGAGGAGGGCUGCUAUCUGGCCUCGGGCAGCAGAGACCAAACCCUACGCGUCUGGAGCACGGCCAGGGGGAAAGGGGUCAUGACCUUGAAAAUGCCUUUUCUGAAGCGGCGCGGCAUGUCCGUCGAUCCAGGUGUGAAGGAGCGCAUCUGGCUCACCGUCCACUGGCCCAAGGGCCGGCCAACACACCUGGUAUCCAGCUGCUUUGGAGGCGAGUUGGUGCUGUGGGACCUGGCCAAGUCGGAUAAGCAGAAGUGGAGUCUGCUGGGCACCUCUGCGGACGGCUCGAACCCGAGCCACAGCCGCAUCGUCUUCAACCUGUCCUCCACCGAGGUGGACGGCACUCAGCUGCUCAUCAGCACCUCCAUGGACCGCGAGAUAAAAUGCUGGAGCCUGUCGACGCUGGAGUGCUGCUGGUCCCUUCCCACGCUGGGGGGGUUCGUAUACUCGCUCUCUGCCUCCCCCGUAGCCUCCGGAAUGCUGGCCGUGGGGGUCGGAGAUAACAUGAUCCGACUAUGGAACACCCUCGCCCUGGGCCGGGCCUAUGACACACGCGUCUUCUGGCAAGGCAUCCGGUCCAAGGUCACAGCGUUGGCAUGGCAUCCAACUAAGGAAGCUCACUUGGCCUUUGGAACAGACGACGGGAAAGUUGGCAUUUACGAUGUUUUCUCCAACAAGCCACCACAGAGUUCAAGUACAUACCACAAGAAAACAGUUUACACUAUAGCCUGGGGCCCUCCCCUUCCACCGCUCUCUUUCGGUGGGGACAAGCCCUCUUGCAGCCUGUACAGCUGUGGAGGGGAGGGGAUCAUCCUCCAGCACGACCCCUGGAAGCUCACGACAGACGCCCUCAACAUCGACAAGCUCAUCUGCAGCACCAACCAGAUCAAGCACAAGUUAUCACCGCACACUGACUUCAGCUGGAAGCCAGAUGGAAAGGUGCUAGCCAUUGGCAAUGAAGAUGGCUCCAUAGGUGUGUUUCUGGCGCCCACUCUGCGUCAGCUGUGUGUGGUGGAGCAGCACCAUAAGAUCAUCAACACGCUGCGCUGGCACCACGCCCACUCCACCGCCCCCGAGCUGCAUGCCCUGCUGGCCUCCGGCUCCAGCAACGCUGUCGUCUACGUACACAACCUCCACAGCGCCAUCGAGAGCCCGGGUGAGAGUCCCGUGACCAUCACGGAGCCGUACCGAAGGCUGGAGGGUCACACAGCCAAGAUCACAGGCCUGGACUGGAGCCCUCAUCAUGAUGCUCAUCUGGCUACCGUGGGCUACGACGGCACAGCACAGGUGUGGGAUGUGGUGAAGGGGGAGCCUCUGUCUAACUACAGGGGCCAUAGGGGGCGUCUGCUGUGUGUGCAGUGGUCCCCAGUGGACCCCCUGCUGAUCUGGACAGGCGGAGACGACUUCACCGUACACGAGUGGAGCACGGCCAGACAGGAACACACCAAGCCACCCAAAGGGAAAAGAGCGCAACAGAUGAAAUCCAAGAAGAAGAAGAAAAAGGCCACCGGGAAAGGAGGGAUGAGGAUCGAGGACGAGGCGACGGAGGGAGGAGAGAAUGACGGAGGAGGGGAGGAGGAGGAGGAGGAGGAAGAAGAGGAGAAGAGAGGGCUGAAAAAGGAGGAGAGGACGGCGGCAAGGGUGGAGACCCCUACAGCCAGUAACGGAGAACGGAGAGCUGGAGAGCAGCAGGAGGAGGAGAUGGAGGAGGAUGAAGAGGAGGGGAAUAGGAGCAGUGUCAACACCCCACUCACCCCAGCCGUGCCCGAGUGGCGUAGAGGCAGUAGCCAGACCUACUCCACGGUCUUCUCCCCUGACACGCCCCGGCUCCAGAAUGGAGAGAGGGCCACCCCACCCGCCAGGAAGGAGGACAAGAGGAGAGACAAGCCAGAGGCGACGUCGGUGAGGAAGAAGAAGCAGCGCUCUCUCCUGCCUCUCAGUACCUCCAUGGACCACCGGCCCAGAGAACACCUGCUGACAGACUGCACUACCCUCGCCACAUACACACACGCCAGAGAUGAGGUUAGCGAGUGCGUGCCGGGCUCAGGAGAGCACAUCCAGUUUGGUCUCUUCUCUGACAGAGAGGCCCUUCACCGCAUGCUGGAGGAGGAGGAGCGGGGCCAUGUGGAGGGUGGCCAUUUUGAGUCCAUGUUUACGCUGCGUCUGUGGAGAGGGCAGGAGGUGGAGGCCCUGAACAUGGCCAUGGAGAAGGGCGAGCUCAACGACCACCUCAUCGCCAUGGCUCCCAUGGCGGGCUACAAGGUGUGGGUGCAGGCGGUGGAGGCCUACGUGAAGCAGCUGUGCAGGCAGGACCAGCACCUGAAGGCCUCCUCUCACCUCAUGUCCAUCGGGAAGUUCUACGACGCCGUCAGCCUCCUCAAGACCCAUCACUUCUACAGGGAGGCCAUAGCGAUGGCCAAAUCCAGGCUGCGACCUGAUGACCCGGUGCUGGUGGACCUCUACAUGACCUGGGCAGAGCAGCUGGAGAAGGAUGGACAUUACACCGCAGGAGCCAAAUGCUACCUGGCGGUGGGGCGUGACUUUGACGCGGCGAAGAUUGUGGGGCGCAAGGGCGACGCGGCGUCUCUGCGUGCGGCCGCCGCCGUGGCGCGGGUGAGCGGGCACCGGGAGCUGUCGCGCUCCCUCGCCCUCCGCUGUGCCAAGGACCUGGCCACCGCACAAGACUGGAGGGCUGCGCAGACAGUACUGCGGGAGGAGGGCAUGCUGAGCACCAGUCUGACCUUCAUCACCAACGAGGUCCUGGUGAUGCGUCUGUCCCCCGUCGGCGUGGUGACUUGGAGCCCUUCCUCCACGCACGAUUGGUCGGUUCCCACCGCAGAGGAGUUCAUACUGGCCGUGGGCCGGGUGUGGAAGCGGGAGUUCGGCGUGUGCUCCACCAGCUGCAGUGAGCAGGCCCGACAGGCACUGGACGAACUAGGGGCCGUGGAGAACCCCCAGGCUACCCCCAACAUCCCUCUCAGACAGCUCCUAUCCCAGGUCGCCCUUGAUGUGUCUCAGGGUCUGCUGUGCACGUUGCUAGCGGACGACAGAGGGGCUCUGGGACACUUCCUGCGCGCUAUCGUACGUGGCUCCGAGGCGAAUAACUUCAACCUCAUGUCAGAGAUGUGUGAACUCCUCUUCCCUGACGGACUGUACUCUCUAAAGAGGUACACCCAAUUCUUGGACGUGAGCUGUGCUGACAGCGCUGCCCUUGCUCGCAGUCUGGAGGCCUUCAUUUGCUACCAGCAGCUCUACAGGGCCUGGUGGACCAGCAGCACUACCACCCCUGCACAAGGCUCAGGGCUGUCUGCAGACAGAGACUCCACUAACAUUACCGAACCGCCCCAGGCCCAAACGGACCACAACGGACUCUGUCAACAGAGCCAUGAGAACGGCCUGAGUUCUGCUACAAACGGUUCCGUCGCUGGCCGUCGUCUGGACUCUCCGGCUCAGGCUCAGUCUCAGGUUCAGGAGGAGCUGGCUGAGGUUCUGGUGGAGGCGGGCCGGCAGGUUCUGUCCGAGCCUCACGCCUCCCUGCAGGCCCACCAGCGGGCCGUGGCCGAGGUCCAGAAACGGGUGUCCGGGCUGGUCCAGAUGCACAGCCGAGGGCAGGAGGCCCAGCCCAGCAGCUCUGCGGAGACACCACCACCACUCAAGGCCGACCAGGAAGGGGCUUCAUCUCGGCAAGAUGGAGGGGGCAGCUCUGAAGCGCACACUUUACCUGCUCUCAUCGCCUGUAUGUCUGAACACAACAAGGCCAUCGAGGACCUGCCCCAACACGUCAAAAAAUACCCUUUUCCCAAUGUGGUGGAGUGCUGCAUUGUACUACUAUAUCUGAGCAGAAAUGCCAAGGCCACCCUGAAUUUCCCUUCCCAAGCUGAAGUACUUAAUCUUCUGCAGACUUACGGAGCUCCUCUUCAGGCAUCUUGGCGGAAGCUUACAUAGCCACACACUCACUACACAUUACACUGACUCGUUAGGUUUUUCAAAAACUGCCUACUUGCACAUGUAACUUUUUUUUGUAAUAUCUUUUUUUCCAUCUGAAAAAAAAAAUGUAUUCAUGGAUUUAUGAAAUAAAGAAUUAUGUUCACUGCAA